AUGGCUUAACCUUCUUGCCUUGCGUUCGCGUGAGGAGUCUCUGGCUCCUGCAGACCUUUAAUAGUGUAGUUAACGGUUUACAAAUAAAGAGAAGAUGCUCUUUAAUUUUUGUGAUCCUCGUUUGCAUCCAGAAAUUAAAUGCAGUACUAUUAGCACAGAAGGAUACGAAAUAACCAAUUUGAUAAAUGACUCUUGCAAAGGUUUCUUGGCAUAUUCCUGCAUCAGACCACCAAUUCACAUAGAUAUUACGUUUCUCUGUAAUAUAGAAAUAAAUCAUAUAUUAAUUUGGCCAUCUGUUGGAUCACAGAAGUCAUCAGGCUUUCAGCUUUAUUCCAAAACUACUAAUGAUGAAAAUACUCCAUAUACUUUAUUAUCCAAUGGUUAUUUAAACUCUUACGAUGCUGGAUUAUUAUUUUAUCCAGCUAGUAUUGAUAUAAAAAAAGUCCUUACACCAGCAAAUUUCCUAAAACGUUAUAUUAAAAUAUCCAUGCAAUAUCUUAUUACAUAUACUCAUGGUUUACGUAUUACAAUAUGUAAAACAGACAAUUCAGUACCAGCAUUAGGAAGAAUUGAAGUAUGGGGAACAGUAUCACCACGUUGUGGUAAAGAUGUUGUAGCAAGUGUACAUACAUUAUGGUUCAAAUAUGAAACUAUAUUGGCAUCAUCUAUAACAGAAUAUAAGAGUAAUACUAAUUCUGCAAAUGUAGAUAAUGUAACAAACAACAGACAGGAAAAUCAAGCAACUCUUGAAGUUCCUGAAUCUUUCUUAGAUCCAAUUACAUGGGAAAUAAUGACUCAGCCAAUUACAUUGCCUAGUGGUAAAGUAAUAGAUCAAGUUACAUUAGAGAAAUACGAACAGAAUGAAGCAGUUUGGGGUAGACCAUUAUCAGAUCCAUUCACUGGUAUUCCCUUCAAUGAGCAUCGUAAACCAAUCAUAGCUACUAUUUUGAAGUUAAGAAUUGACAAAUUUUUAUUGGAGAAUAGUAAUUUGGUCGAAAUAAAAAAUAUGCCAAGAGUCUUAGGCCGUGAUUCAUCUUCAGCUAUAAUUAAGGAUAGGAGAAUAAUUGAGAUACCAAAAUGUAUAUUAAAUAAGAAUUCGUUAAAAAGAACGAAUGAUAUCAAACUAAAUUUAUGCAAACAAAUGACAGAUAAUGACUCACAACGAAUUAAAAGAUUUUGCCAUCAGCUACCAGCAGUUGUCACAUGUCCAAAACGAACCACUGCCAACUCAAAGCCAAAACAGAAAAAUUUAAUUACCUCUUUAUCAACUAAUAACCUUCAUAACUGUAAUAACGAUAAAAAAUUAAAAUGUGUGCUGCCAACUGAUAUAGAUAUUUCAGAUAGUAGAGUAAAUACUGUAUUGUCAACUGUUAGGUGCUUCAAUACAUUUAAGAAAGUGGAAUUACAUAAUAUACCUCAAGAUUGUAAAUGUUGUAGCAAUAGUAUUUUUUAUAAACUACCUUGCAAACAUGUAAUAUGUAGAAAAGUAUUAUUAUCUAUUGAAAAUAAUCAAUGCAACUUCUGUGGACUUUCUUACAAAUUAGGGGAUGUGGAACGGGUUCAUAACAAUAUCUUAAAUGGCUAAUUCUGAAAUAUUAAAUCUUUAAUAUUUUAAGAACAUAUUCAAUAAAGUUCAAUAAGAACUCA